CCAAUUAAUAAUUUUCCUCCCCCGAGAAAAGAUCGAGUGCUCCUCAGACACGGUCUACCCAAACUUCCCCUCUCUCUCUCAACACACAGAAAAAUUACAAUCUUCAAUUUCGUCGCCGGAGUUGCUUCGCCGGGAAAUUGAUCGGUCAGCAAUCGACGAUCGACCUUCUGACUACCUGUAACGAUGGAAUUCAUCACAGUCCCUUCGUACUGACACUCGUAAAGAAAGAAUCUUUGAGGCCUCGACCGAAGAGUGAAAGUGAAAUCAAUUUACUGUGAAGUAGAAGCAGCAAAAUGUCUUUCCAGAACAAGGGAUUUUGGAUGCCAAAGGGUGCUGGACAUGUUAAUGAUGGAGAUGCAACUUACGGCAACCCUUCAAGAAUUGAGCCAAAGCGGCCUCAUCAAUGGUUUGUAGAUGCUGCUGAACCAGAGCUGUUCCCGAACAAGAAGCAAGCAGUACAUAUUCCAAACAGCAAAUUGGGCUCGGGAAUGUCAAAUGAAAGUGUCUCUUCUUGGGAGAAUGCUUCUAACUUCCAGUCGGUUCCACACCAAUUCAUUGACCGGUUAUUUGGAUCUGAUCCAGCAAGCUCUGUCAACUUUGCUGAGAGGAACGUAUCUCCUGUCGGAUCAGAUAAUUGGAAUAUAAGAAAGGGUAUCGAUGACCAGUUUGGAGAAGAUUCGCCUGUUAGUUUGUCAGUAUCUCAUGCCAUGGAAGAUCCUGAAACAUGUCUUAACUAUGCUGGAAUUAGAAAAGUUAAAAUCAAUCAGGUCAGGGACAGUGACAAUGGUAUGCAUGCUUCACGGGAACAUGGUUCUAAUAGGGGAAGUAACAGUAACCUGUCCACAAGUCAGGCAUUUGAUAGGGUAAAUGAAACUGCUUUUUUAUCAGUGGGGCAGGCCUAUGAUAAGGAGCAUGGCAGUGUCACACUAAUAGGACAUCCGUACAACCACGGGGAUGCCCAUGUCAGACCAAUAGAUACCAACUAUGGCAAGGGAGAUGCAAAUGCAAUAUCAGUGGGUGACAAUUGCAGUAAAGGGAAUGCUAAUAUGAUAUCUUUUGGUGGGUUUCCUGACGAACAAGAUAUUAUCCCCGUAGGCAGGCCUGUUGGCAACUAUGAUCAAUUGUACCAUCCGGAUUCAGUUCAAACAUUGGAAACUUCAUGCGAGAAGGACUUGGAUGUAUCAAAUGCCAGUGCGGUUGAUAAUACUGCUUCUGUAGGUAAACCAAGACCGGAAUCAGUUUCUAAGAAUAAACCUGAGAUCAAACUGUCAAGGAAACCAGCUCCAAACAGCUUCCCCUCAAAUGUUAGAAGCUUGAUUUCAACUGGCAUGCUUGAUGGGGUUCCUGUAAAAUAUGUUUCCUUGGCACGUGAGGAGCUUCGCGGAAUUAUAAAAGGUGUUGGCUAUCUAUGUGGGUGUCAAUCAUGUAAUUAUGCUAAGGUUCUAAAUGCAUAUGAGUUUGAGCGCCAUGCUGGUUGCAAAACAAAGCAUCCAAACAAUCACAUAUACUUUGAGAACGGGAAGACCAUCUAUCAGAUAGUGCAAGAAUUAAGGAGCACCCCUGAGAGCUUGUUAUUUGAUACACUUCAAACUGUAUUUGGUGCUCCGAUCAAUCAGAAAUCUUUUCACAGCUGGAAAGAAUCAUUUCAAGCAGCAACUCGUGAACUUCAACGUAUUUAUGGAAAGGAGGAACUGAACUUGUAGGAGCAUAUGUAUAGGCUUUGCUCAGAUUAUAAGAUUGGAUAAUGUUUUUAUGCGCCGGGAAUAUUCACUUUGGUAAAUUAUGUAUUUUCUAUGGAAAAUUGAUGGAGGAAUUGACACUUUUUUUGUUUA